AUGGGUCGCCGCGGUCAUCGACAUGGAGGCGGUGCCGGAAUGGGUGGAGGAAGAGGCAGCGGGAUGGGGAUGGCAACACACAUGGCGGCCGAUAUGCCUCUUCUACCACCACCGCCACCACCACCGAUUGAUGUGCAUCCACCAGUAAAGGGCCCGUACCCGGGAGUUGUCUCUGUAGCGUGCCAGUACACCCAGGAGCAGCAGCUGCGACGGAUGCAACGCGACAAGGGCUGUGAUCCAUCUAGAGAAGACAGCUACCGUCUGCAAGGAGUCCAGCUGAUCGAUAAUGUCCGGGAGUCGCUGCAGUUACCUGUCAAGACGUUUACUACGGCCUGCACAUAUUACCACAAGUUCCGCCUCAGCUUCCGAGAUGCUGAAUACAACUUCCAGGAUGCUGCCUUGUCGGCUCUGUUUGUGGCUUGCAAGGUGGAGGACACUAUAAAGAAAUCUAAGGAGGUUCUGUGUGCGGCCUACAACCUGAAAAACGCAGACAAGCCGACUGCGCCCGAUGACAAGAUCUUUGAGCGGCCCUCUACGAUUAUCGUUGGCCUUGAUCGUCUCAUCCUCCAAACUGUGGGCUUCGACUUUCGCGUCCGCCACCCGCAGAAGCUGCUGAUCAAGAUGAUUCGCCGGCUCAUCCCGCCGGAAGAUGCAAAGGAGUUUUUGGCUGUGGCAUACCCCAUGUCCAUCGACCUGUACAAGACGUUUGCGCCCAUCAAGCAGACGUCCUUCACCAUGGCCCUCAGUGUGAUUGAGCUGACGGCCCUCGUCCUCGGCAAGCACGUCGAGGCCAUCCGGGCGUUGGACGCAGAGGCAUUCCACACCAGCAGGGGUUGCAUUGUGGAGACGCUGCUCGACCUCCUGGACCUCUACACCCAGUUUACUAAGGCGACGAAGAUCGGGCCGCGCUUCAAGCUCGACAGGUUUAUCGAGAUCAAGAUUAGGAUCAAUGAGGAGGUCGAUGCAGGCCCACAGCUUGUCCGAAUCGAGAGCUGGUGCGACAAAUGUGCGGCCGAGGAGCGAGACACAAAUCCGAUGACACCGAAAUCGGCGACGUCGCCGGCCACGACGGGAUCCGGGCCCGGCGGCAGCAAGACAAAGGCUGCGGGCCCGAAGCGCCAGGAGACGACUAUGCGGUUCGUCUUCUCGGACGAAGCUAUGCGCCAUGAACAAUCGGAAAUGGCAAAGUAUUUCGCAGAGGAGUACGAGGAGUUCGAGGCCGAGGUCGAGGAGUCGGGAUGUCUUUCGCUCUCAUGCAACUCGCUGAGUGAUGGGAUGAUGGGUGUGCUGAGCACUGUUAGCUUUGUCCUUGUGGCACCCUUCAAGGGGCCUCUGGGGGGCGAAGUGCGUGUUAUCCUGUAG